AUGUUUAAUGCUAAUACAAAUGAUGAGGAUGUCAACAUGUCCUUAAAUAGGCUUUGUAGGGCUUAUGAGAUGCCUGCAAUUUUUGAUCCUGCUAAAGCUGUUACUACAUCAUAUACAGAUGUCAACAAAUAUAGACAAUUAAUGUUCCCGAAUAACAUGUACAGUGAUGAUAUUUUUGAGGAUAGGCCGCAGUCAUCUAAGCAGCAACCACCCGCAAUUGUUGGUCAAAGCAUCGCAAAUAACUCCGGUAUUCCGCUCAAUUUGAUUAGCAAAAUGCCAUCGUACCAGUGGAACUUCAGACACGAGGAUGAUCAUAAGUCAUACCAUUAUAUUCAUAGUCAUCGACAUCACAAGGGUAAAAACAUUCUAAAUGGGCUUGGAACAGAAUCUAUUAGCUCUCUAGCUGGUACUUCUGCUAAUUCAAAUGCGUUGAACUCUAGAAUGAUACGCUUACCGAUUCAGAGCAAUUCGGCAUCUGGUAAUAUAACUAGCGAAUGGUCAGCAAUGAAUGGAUUACCACUAUACAAUAAAGGUAUUCUUGAAACAGAAAUUCGGUGUCUGAAUAUGGAUAAGGUCGAGAAGAAGAUACCUGUUACUAAUGUAGCAUAUUUCUCGGAUACAUUUAACAAAACAAUAGAUGAUACCGAAUAUGUUCAUUCCCAGGUUAUUACGAACAAAUUUAUGAAUAAUAAACGAAUAAUGAGAAAUUAUCAGUGGAUGUUGUAUUAUAAUCGGAUGACAGGUGGAAAAAGACUCGAAGAGAAUCCGGCUCUACGUUAUGGUCAAAAUUCCAUUGUUAAUGUGCAAACCGUUGAAGAUUUUCGUUUACAACGUGAAAAAAGAAAACAAAAAUUUCUCAAAUUUCGAAAAAUAAAGGCCGAAAUUGCAAGUAGGAAGAGAUUUAGAGAGCAAAAUCGGCAGAAACGACUCGCAGCCAGAAGAAUAAAGCCGAAGAAAGAGCAUGGGAGUAAUGAUGCGGCGUCGAAUUUUGGCGAAUUUUUCUCCACAGCUGGAUUAAUGGAAGAGGAUGCAGUUAAAAAUAAGGAUGGUCUGGCAAAUAGUAAGCAUGAAAAAGAGGAACAAGAAAUAUUAAAGCCGCUUUCAGCCGAGGAGCAGCGGCAGGAGAAAGAAGAAAAGGAGGAAGAAGAAAAAGAUAAAGCUUUGGAAAGUCAAAUUCCUGAGUUUGAAGAUGAAAUUUCUUUAGAUGAAGGUGAUGUCUCUUCCACAACAGGCGAGGAUAAAAAUAAACAAGUUAUGCCAACGGAAGAACUAAAGAGUGAAGUUCGGGGAAUAUCCUUACCUGUUGCUGACGAUACUCGUGAGCUCAUAAUAGAGAAGGAUUUUUCGAGUGACGAUCCGGAGCUGCUAGCCAUUCAGAGGAAAUUGUAUGGAAUUCCUGCCGCAAAUCAUUUGGAGCAACAAGUGUCUGAAUUCAGUGAAAUUCUAAGAUCCAAAAGGGUAUUAAUCAAAAGAGUUCCCAAUCCAAACGCCAUUGGAUACUGUAAUAUUCGUCGCAGAAAGCCGGCAUUUCUGUAA